AUGUCAAGGUUUGGGGCUUGGUGCGUGCUAAUUUUGUUUGUCUUGACAUUUUGUUUAGUGCACGCUUCUACAUCCAACUUACCGCUUUUAACAGCUCACGUGUCUGAUUGCCCAAGCUUUGGCGGAAGUAACUUCCUGUCCACUUCCGAGGGAAAGCGGCAGCUAGCUCAGUAUGCAAGGGCCAACUGCACAGAAGUGAAAAAAGAGUGGCGAAUAAGAGAUCGACCAGGAAACUGCACCGUCUGCAUCGGCGGCUUGGGCUGUCCGUGGACAUACACUUGCAACCGGGCCCUCCUUGCCGUUUAUUUCGGACUAAAUGUCGCAAAUCCGGAGGGUUCAGAAGUGAAAGAAAAUGGUGACACGAAUCCGGAGCCGAGGGUUCCAUCAGGUCCAGAGGCUCGAGACAACAUUGUUGACAGUCCCGACUCGGCCCCAUCACCACCAGGAGAGAAGAAACGGAUUGGCAGUCCAGCGGGAAAACGUGAUGAUUCGACAGAAAAUAAACCCAGCCAAAAGGUUUCGCAAAGUGAUGGUAAUUACGCACCCGCAAAACAAGUUGCAGGUUCCAAUAAGAAAGUGAACGCUCCAACUGAAUCUGAGGGUCCAUCCCGGCCGGCUGAGCAACAGGGAAGUAUUUCUGAACAGCCACUACGAUCGAUUUACAACACAAUAUAUUCAGUAUUGUUAUUCUCCCUGUAG